UUUUGCAAACGACUCAAGAGCGUUUAAAUAAAAUUCAUCAAGCUAUUGAAAAGGAAUCAGCAAAAAAACGAGCUUUACUUGAUCAUAGUUCCUCUUAUAAAGCUGAUGCAGUUAAAAAUUUGAACAUUGUUCAACAAUAAAAUAUAAAGGAAUCGUUUAAAAUGGAGACUCCUAUUUUAAAAUUAUCUGAAGAGGAUAAAGAAACAGUUUACGAUCCUUCGGAAGACUCGUUUCUCCUUAUAGAUGCACUGGAGAGUGAUUUGCAGUCUAUAGAAGCAAAAAUGCCUGGACUUUGUUUAGAAAUUGGAAGCGGUUCUGGCGUAGUUAUCACUGCACUGGCAAUGGCUCUUGGUUCAAGAUUUCCAUCAUAUUUUUUAGCCACUGAUAUAAAUCCUAACGCAUGUAAAGUGACUAAAAGAACUAGUAUCGCAAAUUCUACAAAAGUGGAAGUAAUCCAAAUGGAUUUAGCAACCAAUUUCCUACCUGCGAAGUUUUUUGAUUUAAUAGUAUUCAAUCCACCGUAUGUCGUUACAGAAGCUCUUGAGGUAUUAGACGAAAGAUUAAUUUCUAAAACGUGGGCAGGCGGUCUCGAAGGUAGACAAGUAAUGAAAAAAAUAUUCCCACACAUUCCAAAUUUAUUGUCAAAAAAUGGAAUCUUCUAUUUACUUGUAAUUAAAGAAAAUAAUCCAGAAUACAUUAUAAAAUAUUUUAAACAGUUCAAUAUGAUUGGCUCAAUUAUAGCUGAAAGAAAAAUAAGAGGCGAGCAUUUAUAUGUAUUAAAAUUUAUCAGGCAUCAUUGACCAAUACUGCUGUGAAUAAUGUAUUAAGAAAUUAAAAUAUCCCAUUAUUUUAUUGUUAUAAAAAUGUAAAUACUUGUUUUUGUAUAUAAAUAUAAAAUCAAAAAAAAAACUUUAUCAGAAUUAACAAAAUUUAAUGAAAAUAAAUUAUAAUAAAAAAAAUGGUUGUAAAUUGAAAAUAAAAGCAAAACUACAAAUUGUACAGAAA